GAAGGUUCAUUGCUACAACCCUGAUAAGCAUCUUGACCGAUAAGAACCCCAGUCAAAUUCUUAGGCGAAGAUUUUCUUUUCCAUCAAAUCCCAAUGUUUGUCAAUGUCCAUAAAAUUUAUUUUUCAUCUAAGAAUGUGAAUAGCUAUGUCUUGUUCUUGCACGCAAAGAACUCUUCGAUUGUUUAUACGAAAUGUAGCCCAAGUUGAGCUAGCUGCUUCAAGCAAAUCCACUUACCGACCACAAAGAACCAAUUUUCGAAGGUUCAAUCUUCCCUCACUUCCACCUCUCCAUCCUUCGCACUCGAGAGCGUACUGGUCGGCUCAUUCAUCUGAACCCAUAAGAGAUGCUGUCGAAGAUGCGCCUAUCGAAAGUCAAGAAGAAAUUCCUCCUGCGACGGAAGGGCACAUAAAUACUACAUCCGACAGGAUUGAUGAUAUGGACGACUUGUUUAUGGAGAUUACACCCGAAUCUUUAGAUGCGCUUGCAGCGGAGACAAGGUCCGAGUUAGCAAAUUCGCAGUCAAGGGAAUCAAAGGAAUUGAAACAGCCAUGGCAAGCAGAGAAAUCGAGGAGAUCUAUUGACCCGAAAGAGACAACGGAAGAGACAUGGAUCCAAAAAGAACCGAUAGACAUAUUUUCAAAACCGAUGAAAAAGCCAAGAUGGGAUAUACCCGUGGAUAGAAUGAGGUUCAGAAGCAUCAAAAUUGACAACGCAGUGUCGUAUUCCCCACAAGCCAGCACAUCGAAGAGAAACAUGGUGCGUGGUGAUUGGACGCCACCCGAUCGUCAAACUUGGAUGGAGCAAAAAGCAGCACUGAAGGAAAAAUUCCCUGAAGGUUGGAAGCCGAUGAAGAAAUUAUCACCAGAAGCGCAGGCAGGUAUCCGAGCACUGCAUGCUCAAUAUCCAGAGCAAUAUUCUACGCCUGCACUGGCCGAUCGUUUUCAAGUAUCUCCUGAAGCGAUUCGAAGAAUCCUGAGAACAAAAUGGGUACCAAGUCCAAAAGAAGAGGAAGACCGGGAGAGAAGAUGGUUUCAAAGAGGAAAGAACGUAUGGGGUAGAUAUGCUGAACUGGGAGUAAAGCCUCCCAAGAGAUGGCGAGAGGAAGGUAUAGGUAGGGGUAAACCGGAGUGGAAGAAGAGAGCAGCUCCUGUCCUUACGACUAGUCGACCUGGAACUUCCGAACCUCGAAGGACAGAGACAAUUAGCCUUGACGAUGAGAUGGAAGAUAGGAUUUUUUGAGCAUGAAUUGUCCUCGAAUGCGUAUAAUGUUAAUGUAAGACUAUAAGAUUACCCCAUGUACAGGAACAGGAUUAUGUAUUGAUCGGCGAAUUUUUAAUUGGCUUGCUGCCACCCUAUUGAUGUUAUAUCUGGGGAUUGUCUUACCCAAUCUUAGAGGUCGAGGGUCGUUGGAAAGACGUACGGAGUAUACAAUCAAGUAGAAUGGGUGGUACAUAAAACAUGACUACCCUUUUCUGCCUACCUUAAGUAGGUACGGUAUGUUUCCAGUAUAGGAAUACGACCCAAGGUGCAAUCAACUGUACUAAAACAUAUGUGCGGAGGAUGUACAGAGUAUAAAUGACAUUGUUGAUGGAUCUCUGAAUAUAAAAAG